CGUUGCAGCAACCCGACAAAGGUCUCUUUAGGGCGUUAGGAAACGCGUUUCGCGCGCCGAGGUCCAAGCAGUGCCAAGGACUCUCGCUUCUUGCGUGGCACUCAAAGUUGAUUACAAUGUAAGUGUGCAUCACUCGCCGCAAGAUAGUCAAGCUGGGUACGAUAGCUGAGCGCAAGUUGUUCGCGACUAGCCACUAUGGAUACGAACAGUCUGGCAGCAACCGCUGCUAAAGUGGCAGUUGCCUCUGUCGCCGGUCUUGCUAGCUACGCAUAUCUGGAUGCCAAAGUGGGCAUUGGGGCGGACGUGAAGCAGCUGCGUCACGAUCGCAGUUGGCGGCGGCGGCUGGACCAAAGAAUCAAGGACUUGGGAGGUGACUGCAGCUUGUACCGCCUCUUCGAACAAGCGGAUCAGGCAGCAGACGCUCUCUGGUUUGAGAACCAGUCUUGGACCUACGGGCAAUUAAGAGACGAUGCAGAUCGCGUGGCCACCAUUCUGGAUCGCCAUAACGUCGGGCCAGGUCGGUGCGUGGCGGUCUUCACCACAAACACACCCGAGAUGGUCAUCACUUGUCUUGCUCUGUCCAAACUCGGGAGUGUUAUGGCAUUGAUCAACACCAAUCUACGAGAUGCCACGCUGCAGCACUGUCUCAAUGUGGCCAACGCAGAUUUGAUCAUUGUGACUCCCGAUCUGGCAGCCUUUGCCCCAACUGGGAUCAGCCGACUGGUCCUGAAUCUCUAUUCCUUCAAUGAACCAGGCCCAGCCACCGGGCACGGAGACGACGAUCAUGACAAAACCGUGAUACGAGUGACGUUGGACGAGCUGUGUCGGACCGAACCAUUCUUCUCGACCAGAAACCAGCGACUCGCCGAUGUGGCAAUCUUGAUAUAUACUUCUGGAACGACAGGCAAGCCCAAAGCAUGUGCGAUCCGCAAUAUGCAGAUCAUGGUCACAUCCAACCCGUUGACGUCCGACGUGGAGAACUCCAAGCUCUACUAUCCGUUGCGAACCUAUUCUCCGCUGCCUCUGUUCCACGGCACGGCAUUUUUCACAGGAUUUACGUACGUGGUCGGAUGCUCGGGCACCUUGUGCCUGCGGCGCAAGUUCUCGGUGACGCAUUUCUUCGAAGACAUGGUCCUGGCAAAAGCAACCCGUAUGCUGUACAUCGGCGAGCUAUGCCGAUACUUGAUAGCUGCGCCGGCUUCCCAGUACGAUAGACUGCACAAGUGCAUCGUGGCGCAUGGGAAUGGCAUGAGAAAGGACAUCUGGCAACCAUUCAUGGAGAGGUACAACAUCCCAGAGAUCCGCGAAUUCUACCGGUCGACAGAGGGAUUGGCCAAGUUUGACAACCACGGCCGCGGUGUCUGGGGCGCCGGGAGUAUAGGAUUUUCAGGGCCCCUCGGACGGCUUUUCGAAGAUCAGACAUUCCUAGUCAAAGUCGAUCCGGAAACACAAGAGCCUGUCCGAGAUGCCCGCACCGGCUUCUGCCAAAAAGCUGGCUUGGGAGAGCCCGGAGAAGCCAUCGGACGGUGCAGGGAUCGAAGUUUGCUAACCGAAUACUUUGGAAACACAGAAGCCACCGAGGGCAAAAUGCUGGCCAACGUGUUCCAGAAGGGAGACCUGUUUCAACGCAUGGGAGACUUUUUAACCCAAGAUGCCUCUGGCUGGGUCCAAUUCUCCGACCGCAUGGGGGAUACUUUUCGCUGGAAGGGCGAAAAUGUCAGCACCGCCGAAGUCAGGGACUUUAUCUGUGGCAUGAAAGAGGUUCAAGACGCUGUGGUAUACGGUGUCAAACUUGACAAGUACGAUGGUCAAGCCGGCGGCGCUGCGAUAGUGCUAAAGACCAACGACGCCGCGAUCGAAAAGCUUUUCACGAGUAACCUGAGGGCGAGUCUCCGCGACAAAGGUCUUCCCGACUACGCCGUGCCGCGACUGGUGCGCAUCACUGCCAGCAUCGCGGCCGGAGACACGUACAAACAAGCAAAGAACGAUGUCGCGCGACGAGAUUGGUCGCCUCGAGGGAACACUCAUGGAGAUAAUCUGUACAUCCUACAGAACUCCACUUUCAAGCCGUUGACCGACUCCUCGUGGGAACAAGUUGAACAAGGCAAAGAGAAGUUAUAGAGGCGAUGGAUGACAGAUGAGUGUGUGAUGAUGUGUUUGUGAAUAUG